AUGCCGGCGAUCAUGGGCAAGGCAGGUCCCGCUGCGGAUCUCCGCAGAUUCAUGGAAAAACGCCUUGACGUUCACCUGAGCGGCGGGCGACGCGUGGUAGGCGUGCUGCGCGGCUACGACACCUUCAUGAACAUCGUGCUGGAGAACACAGUUGAAGUCAAAGGCAACCCUGCGACCCCCGCCAACAGCGGCGGCACGGAGACGAAUGAAAUCGGUUUCGUUGUCAUCCGUGGCAACUCCAUCCUGUACUGGGAGUGCCUUGACAAAGUCCGACCCUGGUGA